GCGCGAAUGGGGGGGGGGCGGUGAGCUGGAGGAGAGGCUGCGGACGGUUAUUUUUGAUUUCUAUUUCUCUGCUUACCCCCUCCCCUCAUCGUCCUUUAUAAUCUGCGUUGUCGCUUGAAGUGGAGGGAAGGGGAGGGGGAAAAAAAAACCAAAAAAAAAAUAAAGAGACGAGGGCGAGGAAAGAGCAGAGCAGGAGUGAAUUGAAUUGAAGUGUGUGUUUGUCUGAGUGAGAGAAAAGAUAAACAGCAGAGGGACACGAGGGCGGCAUUGACACCUCGGAGCCGGGAUCUUUACUCUCCUUCGGAAUCGGGGUUCUUUUCCCUCGGAUGGAGGAUAACAAGUACUUACCCGAGCUGAUGGCCGAGAAGGACAGUCUGGACCCGUCUUUCAUCCAUGCCACCCGGCUGGUGACAGCAGAAAUAACCAAAAUAGAAGCAGGUGAGGGAAGUGAUGAAGAAAAGUUUGUGGAUGUGGUCAGUAACAAAAACAUGAAGUUGGCUCAAAAAGUGUUAAUUCCUGUAAAGCAAUUCCCUAAGUUUAACUUUGUUGGUAAACUGUUGGGUCCACGUGGCAAUUCUUUGAAGCGGUUGCAGGAAGAAACGCUGACAAAAAUGUCCAUUUUAGGUAAAGGAUCCAUGCGAGACAAAGCAAAGGAAGAAGAGCUAAGAAAAAGUGGAGAAUCAAAAUAUGCACAUCUUAAUGAAGAUCUCCAUGUAUUGAUUGAAGUGUUUGCUCCACCAUCCGAGGCAUAUGCAAGAAUGGGACAUGCUCUAGAGGAAGUGAAGAAGUUUCUCAUACCGGAUUACAAUGAUGAAAUUAGACAGCAACAGCUUCAAGAACUGUCCUACUUGAAUGGUACACCAGAGAGUCCAGAAACUCCAGCAGUUCGAGGGAAACCAGUAAGGGGGAGAGGGACACUUGCUCCAGCUCUAAGCAGAGGCCGUGGUGGAGUUCCUCCCCCAACAUCAACAGUUCCACGUACAGGGCCUGUUCCCAGAGGAGCACCCCCUGGUCGAGGUCCUGGAGCUAGGGGACGUGGAGUCCCAGCACCAAGAGCAAGAGGAGCGCCAGGUUACAGACCUCCACCACCUCCAGUACAAGACACAUCAUAUGGUGAAUAUGCAUAUGGUGAUGGCUAUGGAGCAACCUAUGAAGACCAAGGUUAUGACUCUUAUGAUAACAACUACAGCAGUCAAGGCCAGAGUGCUUCUGAUUACUAUGAUUAUGGCCAUGGCACUAGCCAGGAGACAUAUGAAUCAUACGGUCAGGAAGAGUGGACGAACUCCAACUCACGGAUGAAAGCUCCCCCUGCAAGAGCACCUAAAGGAUCAUACAGGGAGCACCCCUAUGCACCACGAUACUGAUUCUUCCAUCUAUUCUGUGAAAUACAAUCAUCAGUUAGCUGUUUCUGCAGUGAUGUACGCUGUUAAAAGUAAUUGGUUAUUUUAUAUAAAAGUUUUUUUUUCUUAAAUACAACAGAUCUGUUUAAACAGUUCUGAAUUCUUGUAUGAAAUCCUUUAAUCUUUGAAUGGAGAGAUUAUUUGAUCUCUGGAAGGAAGUGGGUGGAAAGAAAGACUUUGAUCUUAUAUGCUCUGUUGGAAACAAGUAAACAGGAUUAACACGUUUUUUAAUUUUAACUAGCCUUUAAAAAUCUAUUACCAAACUAGGUUUGAUAAUGUAGAUCACUUAAAAUGUAAACACAAAGUCAGUUAACAUCAAUGUUUUUUUGUUAUGCUUUUAGUUUUGUUCAAACCUAAGUUUUAGUUUUGGUUUGAACUUUUAAGUUUAGCUUGUGUUAGAGCAUUAUCCCUUGUAAACUUUUACUUAAACAACAGUAAACUCCAAAUGCCAAGUAAAGUUGUAUUCUUUUGUAACUGAAGUCUCCAGAUAUUCUGUAGUGUUGAGAUCAAAGACAUUGACUAUUCUUGCUUGAUACAAAUAAAGUUUUGAGAAAAAAACAA